AUGGCUUUUAAAGCUGCGCUAUUGUCUCAUCGUAUGGGGAUUCUAAGAAACAAGCGAAAGAGGAAUGAAGAGAACGCCGGAAAGUGGCAUUCACCUCCUGCACCUCAUGUGAAUAUGCCAGCUCCAGCACCACCAAGAAUCAAAGCACCGGCACCGGCACCCCCACCCCGAGGGAAUGCACCGGCUAUGGCACCACGAGUGAAACCAUGGGCUCCUGCACCACUGCGGCUAAAUGAACCGGCUUCGGCACCCAAAGUUGCACCAGCUCCCUCACCCAAUGGCUGUGUUCCGCCAGUGACUCCACCACCACCUUGGACACGUCUAAAAAGAGUACCACCACCUCCACCACCACCAACAGAGGAAGACGAGGAACCAGCUCCCCCACCUCAAGAUGACAACUUAUUGGCUCCAUCCCCUUCUGUGGACGCACCCUCUCCUUCACCUCUAGCGCACGCACCUUCUCCGCUCAACAAAGCUAGUAAGGGAUCUCGAGCUAGACCAGGAGGAACCAUCCAUGCCUUAGGUGUUGAAAAAACCAUCUCAGAAAGAUUUAACCUGCCAAGUAAAGAACAGUGCAGGUGCCCUUCUACUCCACCAUCUCCAAUCAAACCCUCGACUCCACCUGCAGCUCGAGGAAGGUCACCACCUUCGCCACCUCCCCCACCUCGGAGAAAGACACCACCACCACCACCACCCCGGGAGGAAGAGGUGACACCCACUCCCGCACCUCAAGAUCGAUCCACUUCUAUAGUCGACGCACCCUCUCCUUCAGCUCUGAUGAACGCACCAGCCCCUCUUCCCAUUUUUCGGCCACCACCACCAGAGCCUCAUCGAUAUCCCUACUUUAAUAAAGCUGCAGUGUGCAGAUGGUUGUGUGAUCGGAGGUGUGCACUUGCAGUUGAUGAGAAAAAGAAAGCGUGCAAGGACGCAUGCAUGACAUGUUGUGACCGCUGCAACUGUGUUCUAGCCGGACCUCCUGGCUUCAACAGAGAAACAUGUGGCCCCUGCUACACUCGAUUGUUUGUUCUAGUCAUACUAUACAACUUCGGAUGCCCUUGA